GUCAGCACUGGAAGGUUUUCCUGAUCUUGGCUCAGUAUAAACUAAUGUUCUGGACCCUUUAAAGUCUAAUUGUGAUUAUAAGGUUUGGGGGCUUUAGUAGGAGGCUGCGGCUGAGUGGCCUUCGCUUUUCUCUGAAUGUCAUUUCCUGGGAUCUGUGACACAGUUACAUAAAUAAGUACCUGCCUCCAACUGCUUUGAUUUAAUGGUUCUCUUAGGAUUUGAAGUGUAAGAAACUGUAGGUAAAAUUCCAUUUAAAACAAAUUUGGUUAAUCAAGAUGGACACUAUAUUUUUUAAAAGUUCAAAUAAUUUCAUUUCUUAGUAGUUAUUUAUGAAGAGUAAACUGGUAUAGAAAGUAGAUUAUUGGAACCUUUACUCCUGUGAAGGAGAAAAGGAAAUGAAUUAUUUCUUGAUAGUUCAUAGUUUUACACAUAAAUUUUCAAGAUAAUCCCAUACUAUACAGUCAUCUCUGAUCUUGCUGAUGGGAAGAAAUUAUAUAUGUGUCCUUUUUUAUUCAAAUUUUGAUAUUGGUUUCCACCUCUGAAUGCCUAGGAUCUUUUUUUUUUGGUACUAGGGAUCGAACUCAGGACCUUGCGCUUUCGAGGCAGGUGGCAGCACCACUGAGCUCCAUCCCCGGCCCAGCCUAGCAUCAUUUUAGUAAAUGGGUCCUGAAAGUUACAUGAUGUGUAGUACUCCCUGUUGGCCAUGAAGGAUAUGGUCCAAGACCCUCAGUAGUUACCUGAAACCCAGGACCCUGUAUACAUUGUAUGUAUAUUAUGUUUUUACCUGUGAUGGAGUGUCAUUUAUAAAUUAGACACAGUAAGAGAUUAGCAACAAUGACUAAUAGUCACACAGAGCAGUUGUAACAGUAUGCCGAAAAGCUCUUGCCAGCCUUCCUGUUGUACUUCGGGGCCGUUAUUACAUACAAUAAAGGUUAGUUGAAUACAAGUGCAUGCUACUGUCACAGCGAGUCUGAUAACUGAGGCGGUUACUCCGGGGAGGUGGGUACACGGUGUGUGGGACUCAUGUUCCAGGGGGUGGGAGAUUUCACAGUGCUCCUCAGAAUAAUGUGCGGUUUAAGGUGCAUGGAUUAUUUAUUGCUGGAAGUUUUGUCAUUUUCAGUAACUCACGGGUAACUGAAACCAUAGAAAGUAGCUGCCAGAGAGAGUGAAACUUUGGAUAAUGGAGGACUACUGAAAGGUGCAUUUGUAGGUGUUUGCUACGAAUGACUCAAAUUUAUCCAGUCUUUUUGAAGAAGGAUCUGAAGAGAUGCAGAGAAGCUGGAAGUCAGUCCCAGGAAAUAAAGUCUUUGCUUUUGCUUUUUGGAGGUCAGUUCACCAGCAAUCAGGAAAGUUAUGGAAAGUCUCCCUUUUGGAUUCUUAGCAUUCCCUCUGAAGACAUUGCAAGAAACUUAAUGAAACGGACAGUGUGUGCCAAGUCCAUAUUUGAACUAUGGGGCCAUGGAAAAUCUACCGAGGAGCUGUACAGUUCUCUUAAAAAUUACCCCGUGGAGAAGAUGGUUCCAUUUGUGCACCCAGACUCUACGUAUAAAAUAAAAAUCCACACAUUUAAUAAAACAUUGACACAAGAAGAAAAAGUGAAACGAAUAGAUGCACUCGAAUUUCUGCCAUUUGAAGGAAAAGUGAACUUAAAGAAGCCCCAACAUACAUUCUCUAUUUUGGAGGACUACGGUUUGGACCCAAACUGCAUCCCCGAGAAGCCACAUAAUAUUUAUUUUGGUAGAUGGAUCGCUGAUGGACAGAGAGAGCUAAUUCAGUCAUACAGCGUCAAGAAGAGACACUUCAUUGGAAAUACAAGCAUGGAUGCUGGCUUGUCUUUCAUAAUGGCCAACCAUGGACAAGUGAAGGAGAACGAUGUGGUCUUCGACCCAUUUGUUGGAACAGGCGGCCUCCUGAUCGCCUCUGCUCACUUCGGCGCCUACGUGUGUGGGACCGACAUCGACUACAACACGGUUCACGGCCUGGGGAAGGCUACUAGAAAAAACCAGAAAUGGAGGGGACCAGAUGAAAACAUCAGGGCGAACCUUCGUCAGUAUGGGUUAGAAAAGUAUUACCUCGACGUCCUGGUCUCAGAUGCGUCUAAACCUUCCUGGAGGAAGGGCACGUAUUUUGAUGCAAUCAUCACCGAUCCUCCAUAUGGCAUCAGAGAAUCUACAAGAAGGACAGGUUCGCAGAAGGAAAUACCAAAGGGGAUAGAAAAAUGUCCAGAAAGCCACGUUCCAGUGUCCUUGAGUUAUCACCUGAGCGACAUGUUUUUUGACCUGUUAAACUUCGCAGCAGAGACCCUCAUGUUAGGCGGAAGACUGGUCUACUGGUUACCUGUGUAUACACCAGAGUACACGGAGGAGAUGGUCCCCCGGCACCCUUGCCUGAGACUCAUUAGCAACUGUGAGCAGAAGCUUUCCAACCACACAUCACGGCGCCUGAUCACAAUGGAAAAGGUGAAAACAUUUGAGGACCGGGACCAGUAUUCCCAUCUGCCCAGUGACCAUUUCCUGGCGUAUCAAGGUCACAAUUCCUUCCGUGAGAAGUAUUUCAGUGGCGUCACCAAAAGGAUUGCCAGGGAAGAAAAAUCUAGCCAGGAGUGAAAGUUUAGAUUUUUGACAAGAAAGAUUAUUUGGACAGAAAAGACACUAGGACAUGAACUUUCAUACAUGAUCCGGAAAACAUGGACUCUUUUAAAAACUUUUUAUAUGAAGAUGCUACAAAGUAAAUUGAGCAAUUUAAAAAUUAUCUUUGUUUUAUAGACUGUUUUGUUGUAUAUGCUAUGAGCUCUUUUGAACCUUAUUUAACUUAUAGUUGUACUUUCAAGUAUUAGUGGAGAUUGUCUGAACUGUUACAUUUUUACAAUUAAUUUACAGAGAAAAUGUUGUGGACUUUUUAAAGUAUCUGCCAGGUAAUGGUGUAGGCAGUUAAUAGUGGUUAAGAAUUGAUUCAUUUGUAAAUUUGUUUAGUUUGAUUUUUAAUUGUAACCGAUGUUCACGGCCACCAAUAAACGACUGUGAUUUUUCUAAAA